AUGAUCGACUACAAUGUCAGCAUUCUCAACUCUAAUGACCUCAGCAACGCCUUCUUUUGUCUCGACAGGAACGAUCCCACUGUGGGGUUUCCUUACGAUGCGACGCGGCUGAGGGGUCAUCUGUACCCCAAAACGGCCUCUGAACACUUAGGCACCACGCCCGAUCUGCUACACCUCCGAUUGGCUCUAGGAAGCCAUCUAGCACACUACGUGCGAACUCGACUCGAGGCAGAGAAGGGCUACACGGCCACGGUUGGCAUCUCUACUAACAAGCUUCUGGCAAAGCUUGUUGGCAACACAUACAAGCCCAAUGCUCAGACUACACUGGUCCCGCCCUAUACAUCUGGUGAAGACGAUGAGACUAUCGACAACGUGACUGCCUUCAUCGAUGAUCACGAAGUCGGCAAGAUUCCCGGCAUAGGGUUCAAGAUAGCACAAAAGCUCCGUACCCACCUACUGCAGCGGCCGGCAGAAUUUGAUGCUGGACUGGUGUAUGGUGGGACUAAAGAGGCUGUUCUUGUCCGCGAUGUAAGGACGCAUCCUGGAAUCGGUCCGGAGACGUUGGAGCGGAUACUCGGUGGUCCGGGCGUACCACAUGGCACCGGGACCAAAGUGUGGGGUCUACUAAACGGCUGUGACGACACAGAAGUCGGCCAAGCACGCGAAAUACCGCGUCAGAUCAGUAUAGAAGACAGCUACAUGCGCCUAGACACACUUGAAGCCGUGACCAAAGAGCUUCGCAUGCUAGCGAAAAGACUGCUCGAGCGAAUGCACACCGAUCUCCUAGAAGAAGAUGACGAUGCACACGACCUAUCCACGGCUCCAACUUCCGCCACCACUUCAAAGCCUAUGAAGCGCUGGCUCGCUCACCCGAAAACACUCCGACUAUCAACCCGACCACGGGCGCCCCAAAACCCAGAUGGCACCCGCAAUCGGUCCUUUGCACGCAUAUCCAAAUCCGGACCCAUGCCAACGUUUGUCUUCAGCCUAAAAGACGAUAAUAAUAAUACUGUGGAUGCCGUGGUUGAGAAGCUGCUGUCCGAGACGUUGCUACCGCUGUUUCGCAAGCUGCAUCCGGAGAAGAAGGGAUGGAAUCUUAGUCUGGUUAAUGUUGCGGCGACGAAUAUGGCGGAUGCGGCGAGGGAGAGGGGUGGCGUGGGGAGGGAUAUUGGGAAGAUGUUUAGGAGGCAGGAUGAGGUGUUGAGGCAAUGGAGGGUGGAUGAUGAGGUGGUGAGUGAAGAACAGGUUCAAGUUGAAGCAUCUUCAUCACCAGAUGAACCGCCCUGGUUGGCAGCAGCGCGGCAGCAACGACAAGAACACAUGAUGGACGAAGAACCAUCUAUACCUGAAGAAGAAUGGGUGAGUGAACAGCAAGCUCAAGUUGAAGCGUCUCCAUCACCAGACGAACCGCCCUGGUUACAAUCAGCGCGACAGCAACGACGGGAAUACAUGAUGGAUGAAGAGCCAUCCCUGUUCGAAGAAGAUCUCGUCAGUGAACAGCAAGCUCAACUCGAAGAAGACUUCGUGAGCGACGAGCAUGUUCAAGUCGAAGAAGAUUUCGUCAACGAACAUCAGCCUCAAAUUGAAGCCUCCCCAUCACCAGACGAGCCGCCCUGGUUACAAUCAGCGCGGCAGCAACGCCUUGAAUACAUGAUGGACGAGGCUUGGCCGACAGGUGAAAUUAUUCACAGGCAAGGUUCUGAGGAUUUGCCCACUUCGUCACAGAAGAUUGGUUCUCCUGUGGAUGUAGAGGAUGUUUGGGAGGAGGAUGGAGAAGAUAUGACAGAUGCCGAUUCUUUUCGCUGUGAGGAGUGUGGUGCUGUUAUGCCGAGUUUCGCUAUGGGUGCGCAUUGGAGGUGGCAUGGUAUGAUGGAUUAG